CGAACGUUCCACGGCGGAGGACUGAGCCUUCGAUCUGGGCAGCGUGUGUGGGGCUGGGCGGCUGCGCUCGGAGCUUCCUCCCCUUCCCGGCAUUCCACUGCAGCAGUAAAGACAACGUGGUUUCUUCUGCUGCGAGCAUGUGAUUUUCUCCCCCCCCCCCUCCGGCUCACCGCGGGGCCUUCUCCUUCUCCCCCUUUCCCGGCACGAAUCGCCCCCUCUCCCGCCGAUUUGCGCCCCAGCAAGAAUCUGCAAAGCCUUAGAGGGUGACAGACAAGCUGUGCUGGAGGGGGCGCGAGGGGGAGGGGACCUGCCAGCCCUGGCCCAUCCCCCAUUCCCUACCCUGCCUCUCGUGUGUCUGAUCCAGUGCACCAUUGAUCGGAGCACGCUACACCUUUUUUUGGAGGGGGAUUCCCCUUAACCCCCCACGUGUUCUCCGUUCUCACAGCGGCCCUGCGUGUAUGCGAAAGGUAGUUCUCUCCCUCCUCCCCACGUGUGCGUGUUCCUCUGUAGCUUAAUGCGGCUGGGCCCUUGACUCCUGUCUCCCUUGCUUUGCUGGCACAGUGACAUGUAGGCCUCAGUCCUUCAUUUCUGUGCAGUUCCAGAGCUGGAAAUAAGCUGGAGUGCGUAACCCUCUCUUCCCUGCAUUGAAUCUGUGUGGAGGAUGGGAAAGGGAGGAACAUACAACUCCAGCCAAAGUGGUGAGGGCUGCAAACCCCAGGCCGCGGAAAGGAAGCAAGGUUGGUGACUUUGGUGAUGCCACGAACUGGCCAACCCCUGGAGAAAUAGCCCACAAGACCAUCCAGCAGCCACCCAAACCCCAGCCCCUCCGGAAGCUGCCCAUCAAGAAAGACAUGAAAGAACAGGAGAAGGGGGACGGGAGCGAAGGCAAAGAGAACCUGAAAACCAAAUCGGACGAGUCUGGGGAGGAGAAGAACGGGGACGACGACAACCAGAAGUUGGCGCAGAAGAAGAAAGGCAACAAGCACAAGUGGGUCCCUCUGCAAAUAGACAUGAAGGCGGAGGCGCCCAGGGACAAAACGGCCUCUCGGAACAACCGGCAGAACGAGCAGCACAGGCACCCCUCCAACAACCGCAGUGAACUGAAAGGCUGGCACCCGGAUAACAAGCACGAGCGGAACUGGCCUGAUCACGACGAAACCUCCAGCGUCAAGAGCGAGGGAGGAGCAGUGCGAGGAGCCUUCCGGGGCAGGAGCCGGGGCCGAGGCCGGGGCCGGGGCCGAGGACGAGGAGGCACUCGCUCGCACUUUGACUACCAGUACGGCUACCGGAAAUUCGACAGCUCGGACGGCUCGCGCACCCAGAAGUACGCCAGUAACAUCACCUACUACUUCGAUAACGUCAGCAGCACAGAGCUGUACAGCGUGGAUCAGGAGCUGCUCAAGGACUACAUCAAGCGGCAGAUAGAGUACUACUUCAGCGUGGACAACCUGGAGCGGGACUUCUUCCUGCGGCGCAAGAUGGACACGGAAGGCUUCCUCCCCAUCACCUUGAUCGCCAGCUUCCACCGGGUGCAGGCCCUGACCACGGACGUCGGCCUCAUCGUCAAGGCUCUGAAAGACAGCAAGGUGGUGGAGAUUGUGGACCAGAAGAUCAGGAGAAAGGAGCAGCCAGAAAAAUGGCCUCUCCCUGGCCCCUCCAUGGCGGACCACACACAGACUGACUUCUCUCAGCUCAUCAACUGUCCCGAGUUCGUCCCCCGGCAGAGCUUCCAAAAGGAGACAGAAUCUGCGCCCGGCUCUCCCCGUUCUGCCAGCCCUGUGGCGACUAAGACUGAGGAGAUCAGCAACCUGAAGACGAUGCCCAAAGGCCUGUCUGCCAGCUUGCCGGACUUGGAUUCAGAGACGUGGAUCGAAGUGAAGAAGAGGCCUAGGCCUUCCCCAGCCAGACCCAAGAAAGUGGAGGAGUCGAAGGCACCACAGAAACAGAAGGACCAAGACGAGCCUGAGGAGCUGGACUUCCUAUUUGACGAGGAAAUGGAGCAGAUAGACGGCCGUAAGAACACCUUCACCGACUGGUCGGACGAGGAUUCAGACUACGAGAUCGACGACAGGGACGUGAACAAGAUCCUGAUUGUGACACAGACGCCCCCUUACCUGCGCCGACACCCCGGGGGGGAUCGCACAGGCAAUCACACCUCCCGGGCAAAAAUGAGCUCUGAGCUAGCCAAGGUCAUCAAUGACGGGCUGUAUUACUACGAGCAGGACCUGUGGACGGAGCAGUUUGAGCCUGAAUACUCACAGAUCAAGCAAGAAGUGGAGAACUUCAAGAAGGUGAAUAUGAUCAGCCGGGAGCAGUUCGAUACUCUGACCCCGGAGCCCCCUGUCGAUCCAAACCAGGAAGUCCCCCCUGGACCCCCCAGAUUCCAGCAAGUUCCUACCGACGCUUUGGCCAAUAAGCUAUUCGGAGUCCCCGAGCCUUCAACCAUCGCCCGGUCUCUGCCAACCACUGUGCCAGAAUCGCCGAACUAUCGCAACGCCAGGACCCCCCGGACCCCUCGCACGCCUCAGCUGAAAGACCCAACGCAGACGCCCCGGUUCUACCCAGUGGUGAAGGAGGGCAGGACGAUAGAUGCCAAGACCCCCCGGAAGAGGAAGACGCGGCACAGUUCGAACCCCCCCAUGGAAUGCCAUGUGGGCUGGGUGAUGGAUUCCCGGGAGCACAGGCCUCGCACUGCCUCCAUCAGCUCCAGCCCCUCGGAAGGAACCCCUGCCGUCGGGAGCUACGGCUGCACCCCUCAGUCGCUGCCCAAGUUCCAGCAUCCUUCCCACGAGCUGCUCAAGGAGAACGGCUUCACGCAACAUGUGUAUCACAAGUACCGUCGGCGCUGCCUUAAUGAGCGGAAACGACUGGGCAUUGGUCAGUCCCAGGAGAUGAACACGCUCUUCCGGUUCUGGUCGUUUUUCCUCCGAGAUCACUUUAACAAGAAAAUGUACGAGGAAUUCAAGCAGCUGGCAUUGGAAGAUGGGAAGGAGGGAUACAGGUACGGCCUAGAGUGCCUUUUCAGAUACUACAGCUACGGGCUGGAGAAGAAAUUCCGGCCGGACAUAUUUAAGGAUUUCCAAGAAGAAACCAUCAAGGAUUAUGAAGCUGGGCAGCUCUAUGGGCUGGAAAAGUUUUGGGCCUACUUAAAAUAUUCCAAAGCCAAAAAUCUGGACAUCGAUCGCAAGCUGCAAGAAUACCUCAGCAAGUUCAGGCGCCUCGAGGACUUCCGAGUGGAUCCACCCAUGGGAGAGGAAGGUGGUCACAAGCGAUUCCCGUCAACGUCGGGAGGAGAUGGAAGGAAGCGCUACCCCUCCCAGUCUUCCAGCAAACCGGUCAGCCAGUCCUCAUCCAGCCAAGCCCAUGCCUCGUCCAGCCAGCCUGCGAGAGAGGAUGCCAAAAACCUGAGCCACCAUGCCCUUGCCACAGCGGCUGUGGAAUCUCAAACACUGGGGAAGUAGAGAAGCUGGAGCUUCUGCUUCCUGUUGGGGAAGGGGUGGGUUGGUGGGGAAUUUGACCGGGGGAGGGAGAAGUGCGGUGGGGAGGGACAGAAGGGGAGUCGGAACGGGGGUGUCCAGGAAUAGGCUGCUGGGGGAAACUUCAACGCACACAGCCUCUCUUGUGGCUGGAAAACAAGACGAUCACAAUCCAAAAAGGAUCCUUUGCUUGCUGUCUGUCACUGACUGGAGCCGGACCCCCUCCGCCCCCACUUUCAUGUCUUAGCUUCUUUCUGGGUGGGUUGGGAAG